AAACCGUUGCCCACGGGCUCUCUUCAGAAAGCCUCUCCAUAAUAAUCGAGAGAAGAAGUUUGGAAGGCUCUCUCUCUCAUCCAAUUUUCCGGCAAACUCACCCUUUCGGACGAGAAAAAGAAGAAGAAGAGAAUGGCAAGCACAGAAGAAAUGAUAGGAGACGCCGACGCUUUCCCCGCGGUGAAUGCCUCCAGAGAACUGAACCUUGGCGUGCCCGAGCAGUUCCCCGUCGACCCCGUCUCCUCGGAUGUUGCGACUUCCAAGGAGCUUAAGGCAGAGGCAGAGGCAGAGGCGAGAGCCAAGGCGAAGGGUGAUGCGUCGGAAAAGUGCGAUUUGGGCGGCACUCUGACGUCGGUUCUCAUGGUCUCUGGCGUGGUCGUCGUUGCAGUUGGGGUGGCAUUCUUUGUCACAAAGAAGUUGAAAGAAGCAUAAUUUAAACAGCUCUUCUUUUCUUGAUGUCAACUUCAAGUUCUUCCCCUUAUUACAUUUAAUUUUUUAUUCUCGCUCUUCUUUGGUGGCCAGAAGAUCUCGAGAGGUUAUCAUUGUCACAAUAGUUUUCUUUUCCUUUUUUUUGAGAUGCAAAAUUUCUGAGAUCAGCUGUUUUGUAACACGUAUUCAAAGUCGAACAAAGACUGUACAUUAUAGUUGUUUAGCUGGUCGAUGUUGUGAUAUAUAUCCACCAUACAUCUAUUUGGAUUUAUUCAUUUUCUUUUAUUUAUA